CGCAACGGACACCAUUUCAAGAUUAUUAUACUCCAGGAACAAAAGCGAUAGCUUUCUACAUUAUACAACUCAAAGAAUCUACCAGACCCUGUUUGAUUUUAGUCCUGAUAUUAGUGGAUUUUAAAUGUUUCCCAAAGCAAAGCGGUUUAUUCAACCUGCGAGCAUUACCCCUGCACCAGGGAGUUAUGAUGUCGCCAAAGAAGGCAAAAAACAGAGUGGAGUCAGAUUCCCCAAGGGAAAAAGAUUUACUGAUCCAAAAGAUGUGACACCUGCACCAAGCAUAGGCCAUCUUGACUUCAGUACUUGUAGCAACUCCUCCACUCUGAGUUUGAGUGCUGCAAAACCAAGCCGGAAAAUGGAUAAGGUGAAGAUAAGUGAACUACAAGAUGAAAUAGCUGAUCUUGAAAAUGAGAUAAGAGAACUCAAGGCCAAAAAAACAUUGGAGAGAGAACUAAAAGAAUUUCAAGAUAGAUCAGUUAACACAGAUGCAUCCAAUGACUUAAUGGACGAAUCAGUGAAUACUUCUGUAGAAUUUUCAGUGAUGGAUAGACAAUUUGCAGAUCUUUCAAUGAAUACGGAUGCUGACAUUGACAAAGAAUUGUUUGAUAGAUCUAUGAAUACAGAGCCAGAGGAAAGAGACUUUGCAAGCCAUUCAAUAAAUACAGACCCAUGUGAAGAUUUGAAUGCUCUUGUGGAAGAGAAGGAAUCAGAGCUGGCAAGCCUACAGUUUCGUUUGCACUGUGAACAGGAGAAUAGCCUCGCUGAGCUGGAGAUGGAGCGAAGUAGGAAUAUUGCCUUGAGGGAGAGGCUUACAGUAUUAGAGAAGACAAGUCAAGAUCUAAGCAAUGAUCGUGAUCUAGCUGAAGAGGAAAAUAGAAAGCUACAUGGUGUGGCAUCUGAACUUGGCAUCGAAAACAUACAGAUGAGGGAGGAACUGAUGGAGAAAGAGCAACUCCUUCAGGAUUUGAACAGGGGGAUAGAGUCUUUUAGACACGAAGAAGAGAAGAAAAUAAACGAUUUGAGAAAAGCUGUUGACGAAGAAAUGGCGAGAGUGAAAAACCUUGAGCACAAGCUACAAGAAGCUUUGCAGUCCUGCUCAAACAACAUUUCGAGAGUGCAAGCUAGAGCAGAUGAACUAGAGGCGAAAAACUUUGAGCUUCUGAGCAAGAUUGCGGAGACUGAAGACCAACUUGCCGAAACUGGUCUGCGCAAGAAAGAGGCAGAAGAGAGCUAUAAGCGGCUUGUGGACGAGAACCAGUCACUCGAGUCGCGCUUGGAGCAAGAAACGACACAUAACAGUGAGCUUCUAAAGAGAAUCACAGAGACUGAGAAACACCUUGUUGAGAUCGGUCUGCGCAAGAAAGAGGCAGAAGAGAGCUGUAGGCGCCUGGAAACCGAGUGCCAGGAACUAAGCACGCAACUGGAGCAUUCUCAGGCAGACUUGCAGAGACAGCAUGCGCUGUCUGCCACUAGAGAAGAGCAACUUCAGGCGGAGAUUCACAGAAACGAGGAGAUGAUGACGAACAGCCUGAAGUCUCUCACGGCAAAAUUCGAAUCCUUGGAGCAAGACUCUGCUUCAGCCAAGUCCACUUUUGAACGUGAACUUCGUACCGUGCAUGCUGAGCUUGAGGCUACAAAAGCGUCUCUGCAGUACAGCAACAAGCAAACAGAGGAAGCGGAGUUUGUUAGUAUCUCAUUGAAGGGGCAGAUGCAACAACAGCAACAGACCGUGAGCCAACUCCAGGACGAACUCGACUCCAGCCAGGCCAGGGUGAAGUCCCUUGAGUACGGGAUGAUGAGUAUGCAGGAGGCUGCGAUCAGGGAGAAGGCCGCUGCAGAGACAAGAGAGCAGAGCAUGCUAAAUAAGCUCGGUGUCGUGGAAAAUAGAGAGAAGCAGCUUUUGGUCGACCUCGAGAUUUUCUCAAGCAAAGCAAAAGACGCUGAAGACCGGGUAUCAGAAAUCCUAAAAGUCAAAGAAGAAUUUGGAAGACGUCUUGUUGACACACAGACGAAGUUCACCCAAUCCGAAAUUAACUUCAAGAGGAAACUAAGCGAGAUCGAGAGGGAAAAUGCGUCUCUACAAGAAAUGAUUGAUAGCAAAAGCAGAAAUGAUGAAAACGAGUUGGAGGCGCAACUUCACAUGUGGCAGACUAAGUAUCAUGAGCUAGAGGAAAAGAUUGAGCCAUUUAAGGAACAACUGGAUGCAUUUGAGGAAGAGAAGAGAGCCUUGUUGUGUCAGAGCAGCCAAGCACAAAGCGAGGUCAAUAAGUUGAGCGCGCAAUACGCCAAGCUUCUUGGUCACCAGAACAACAAGCAGAAGAUCCAUCACGUGCUCAAGUUAAAGCAAGAGAACAUCAGCCUCAAGACCGAAAACGCUAAGCUACGAGAAACAAAUGAAAAGCAAAUGCGCGCUUUGAAGAAAAUGGAAGAGAAAGCGGGUAACACAUCCAAGAAAUUUAACCCUAACGAGGCGUUCCAGCACGCCAAGGAGAACCGUCCUUUAGCUCGAUUGAACGGCAAUACCUCGAUAAAGUCGUCGUGACACCUUGUUAUUAUACGCCAAAUUCUUAGUGUAAUGUAACAAACCUCUAUUAUUCACUAACUCAAAUUCUCCUUACCGUGAUAUACUUGGUAGAGAAGGAAGAUGUACGGUUUGAUAGAGUAAAAAUCUAAAAGCACGCCUCACCAUCAUGUUGAAGAAGUGCAUGUAACGAUAGGGUACCACCACUUCCCAAACGACGUACUUUUCCCAUACUUAACCAAUUGUAAAUUUGUUUAACCCGUAUGAGAGUACAAAUGUACGAAAAAUGUCGAGUAACCUUCCACGCCUUAGUGCCAUUGCAUGACAUAUUUAGAUUAGAUGGCUAAUAAGAUGUUUGCAACGAUAUUUCAAUGUAUCGCCUGAAUAAAAUGGCCGUAUUAUUGUAUCUAUGUAUUGUGUAUAUGUUUAUAUAAUCAUACGGGCAUUUAACUCGGGUGCUUUAUUGAAAUAUCGUUACACCUACGAUUAAUGAUAAUACAUAUAACCAACUCGAUUUAUUCCAGAGCCCUAGUGGUGCACACUUGUCUUUGUCAAUCAAUGUGUGACAAUGAAGGCACGUAUGAUAAGCAGCAUUUGUAAAAAUGCUCACUCAAUACUUGUGUCAGAGUAAGGAAAUAAUUUUACCAAAUUAAAAGAAUAGCGCAAUUGCUUUCCAGAAUCAGCCGAUGGAAAUAUAUGCUUUUCCCCACUUAAUGUUUUUUUAAGAAUAAAAUUAAGGGCUGACUGAGGGCUGAGACUGUACUUUCUGCUAAUUGUAACGAAGUUGUCUUAUUAGCUAUAAUGUUCCUGGACCAAGCACUUUUUGGUCGCCUGGCGAUUUAACAAAGGCUUGGUUCUAGCGCAUUCGCUUGUACCUUUACUUUUAUGAAUAAAUUACUCAAAAACA